AUGGCUUCCGCCUCACAACUCGACGACUUGCGUCGCUGGCACGCUGGAGCUGGUGGGUAUUUGCACCCAUCCAUCAGCAUUGAGGUAUGUGGAAAAUUCUUCACAAAAAGUCAUGGGAUGCCUGCCCUCAAGUGAAGUGACGCAAUGUCUCACUACGGUCGGUACGAGGGGGCACUUGUUGACUUGCUGAUGAUAACCAUACAGUACAACGAGACACAAGGCGUUCAUUGGAAGACCACUAGCAAUGUCAGCAGUGACGAACGACUUUGCACAGUUCCGCAUUCUCUGGCACUGUCGAGUCUCAAUGCGCUGGUCGACGAUGCCUUCCCAGUAUUCCGCAACCGCGGGCUGCCUGUGGAGGCUAUAGGGUACUUCUUCCUAAUGCACGAGUACAUCAAUCGUGAAAGAUCGUUCUGGAGACACUAUCUGGAAACAUUGCCCGGACCAAAGGCGGAUCACAGGACGCCUUUCUGGUUCGACGCAGAAGACUCGGCAUAUCUGGAAGAUACAGAUGUGCUGCACACCGCGAAGAGUCGAAUGGACGCCCACAAGCGCAAUUACGCCACAGGCGUUUCGAUGAUUGAGCAAGCAAACAUUGACUCGUUACCAUACACCUGGUUAGUCUUCCGACUGAUGGUAAGUAUAUAGUUCGUUUUUGAUUGUUUCUUAGGGAAUUGUUCCUAUGGGCAGUGACGAUGUUUACAUCUCGCUCCUUUUCUUCUUAUGCUAUUCGACCACAAGACAGCAAAUAUUGGGCCGCAUUUAAGACCGGACCAGAAGGCCAAAGGCAGACCGCAUUGGUCGAUAUGUCUCGUGCGUCUGCGGAAGAGCUUGAUUUCCCGGUGUUGUUUCCAGUUCUGGAUAUAGCCAACCACGCGCCCAAUGCCCGAGUGAGUUGGCAGUUCGACCCCGGCCAGUUCAGCAUGAGCACCAAAGAAAUCCUUCAGCCUGGCUCCGAGGUAAGUCGCUUACUGCUCAGCGUCGAGAGCCGUACUUACAAUUCCCAGGUUCUCAACAAUUAUGGACCCAAACGGAACGAUGAACUCCUGCUGGGCUACGGCUUCUGUCUUGCAGAUAACCCGAACGAGAAGAUCCUCAUGACUCUGAAACCACCACCGGAAGGUCUGCAGGAAGAUUUGCUACGUGUGCAUCCUGGCUACUUUACAAAUGGAGAAUGGAGCAGCGAAAAGGCCACAUUUGCCAUCGGACCUAUGGUCCUGGAUGCUCGAGCACCAGCUGCCAUGUUUCAUGAGUUUCCGGAACCGUUACUCGAGGUGAGUGGAAGCAAAUCACGCGAUCCUGCGUUCGCUCACACGCCAGUAGCUCCUCGUUUACAUGCUUCGCCACGAGCGCGGCCUCCCAUUUUCGUUUGUUGAGCGUCCUUUGCAUUACCUCACGGCAGACGUUGGUCGUCAGUACCUUCCACACAUCACUCGGAUGAUUGUCCAGUCCCUCCUUCCCAAGCUGGCAAAGCUACAGUCGAGCACGCCGCCUCAACCACCCAGCAACCAAAGACAGGAGCAGGCAAGGAUAUACCGCGGAGGACAGAUCCGAAUCCUGGACUCCAUCACCGGCGGUCUGCGUAACUAUCUUCGUUCCCUGCUUUACCCUACCGAAGCAGAUCCAAGAGGUCCGCUCGUGGUGACCUUGGAAGGGCUCCUGGAACUCCUGCGGUUGCGUGGGAAUGAGAAUAUGGUGGCAGAAUUCCUCAACGGGAUCGGCGCGAGUUCUGGGACCACGAAUCCGGAGCAGCUGCGAGAAGCUGGAUGGGAAGACGACGCUUUUGUAUUGCUUCUUUGCUUCUUGUACUCUCUCUGCGAUAUGUGUCCCGUGUUGCCGGAGUAUUUGGCAGACUUGGGGCAGUAUGUCCCGAGUAGCGAGGAGCUCGAGCAGGUAUAUGACACAGGAACUGACUCCCAUCGGCGUAGAGGAGAACUGAUCAGCGGUCAUAGGCCGGAAGCUCUCUGGAACUCGUCGCGGCCGCUGCAAACGCAUGUCCUGGCAGCUUCUGGGACGAUAGUCGCUGGAGCGAAAAUUUCAUCGCUGCUCUGGGUGGGCAGCUGUUGAAAUAUGAAAGGUCAGCCAACAAUGCCGCAAUGCCAUGGCUGCUUUGUGUCUCUUUCUGGUCGUCUUGCUGAUGCCUUCAUACAGUUUCGUGAUGAUGAUUCCGCAUACGGCUAAUGGCGGUGAUGCGCGACUCGUCACAUAUGUGCAUGGAGAAUAG